AUGGACCGCGGCCGCCCCUCGGGCAGCCCCCUGGACGCCAGCGCCGAGCCCGCGCCCCAAGCUGCCGUCACCCAAGACUCGAGCCCGGGGCGGACCGGGCCGGGGCCGGGGGGCUGCGCGCGCUCAGGCGGCGGGCGGCCGGCGGCGGCGAACGCGGCUCGGGAGCGCAGCCGCGUGCAGACCCUGCGGCACGCCUUCCUUGAACUGCAGCGCACGCUGCCGUCCGUGCCUCCCGACACCAAGCUGUCCAAGCUGGACGUGCUGCUCCUGGCCACCACCUACAUUGCGCACCUCACCCGCAGCCUGCAGGACGACACAGAGGUGCCGGCCGACCCCGGGCUGGGCGCCCUGCGCGGCGACGGCUACCUGCACCCGGUCAAGAAAUGGCCCAUGCGAUCAAGAUUAUACAUUGGUGCUACUGGUCAGUUUCUGAAGCAUUCUGUCUCUGGAGAAAAAGCAAGUCAUGGCAACACUCCAACGGACUCACAGCCUUAG